AAGAGGGUCGGCCUCCGCCCUCCUGGCUUUCGUUCUCUUGUUGUGGCUCUGCUCCAAGAUGGCGGCGGCCGCGGUAGGUUUCUGAGGAGACCCACGGACCCGGCGGCCGCGGUUCUAUCAAGGGAAAGAGGAGAAUGGAGUCGGCGUCGGAGGCUGGGUCGCUUCGCGUUCUCCUGCAGCCGUUCCGCAGCCCCAGCCAGGGCGUCACCCGGGCCAAGCUCAGCGGCGGCCGAGACGCGCUUGCGACCGUGACGGGGGCGGAGCUGCGCCUGACGGGGCUGGUGUCAGCCCGGCUCGACGGCGGGCAGGACGGGCCCAGCGGGGACGGCAGUAUCGCCCUGCCCGGCACCUGGGAAGACUUCACAUGGGAGAGUGUGGAAGAUGAGGACCUUCCAGUGGACAGUCUUAAACUACUUGCUGUCAGUAAGACCCAUGAACUUCUUGUAUAUGAAAUUAAUCUAGAGGUUGGAAAAUGUGAUGCAACACUCUUGCAAAGCUGCAGUGAAGAUACGCAGAAGCAGCUCAUUGAACUUAAAAAUAUUAGUUUAUCUUCAAUCUCCUCUGUGAGAGUGCUGUCAUUUAAAAACGGCAAAGCUUUGAUACUGCUCAACAACUGUAUUAUUGCACAACUUGCUUUUCUUGGAGGAGAACUGAAAGCAGAAAAGUUGGAAGAAUGCUUUCUUCUUGAUCUGUCAUCGGAAGCUCUGGAAAGGAUAGUAGAUGUUGCCUUUUGCAGAGAUGUUCUUUUCUUGUUAGAGGAAUCUGGAUGGAUAUAUAUUUUUGAUGCUACGGAUGGUGCCUAUCUUGCCCAUGUUGAUGUCUCCCUUUAUCAAACAGAGGGGCAAGAUGAGAAGCGUCUGGACAUCCUGUCUUCUUUUACACUGUUAAAUAUAUCCCAUGAUCUCAGUGUUGCUGUGGUUGCCAACAGCUUGUAUUGUGUUGUGGCUGUUGACCUCCAUUUAUACUUCAAAGAAUAUCCUGAGCAUUUAAUUUGCAAGAAAAACUUUGACAACCUUCCUGUAGAACAGUUGGAGGGGACAGAUGAGGAUGACCUCAGAAGUUCAGAUUACAGCAUGAAACUUAUGCAGCAUCCAUUUCGGACUGACAGAUCCUGGAAUGCACAUUUGUCUUCAUUGUUUGACACAACAAAAGGAUCUAAUUCUUCAAAUUUGGCAGCCAAUGUUUUCUUGCCUUGGUGUCAGUAUCCUUUGCAUCUAGAGCACUGUGACUGUAAGACUCGUGAAGCUUCUGAGGCCUCCUUUCUGCAUGAUGCUGCUCAUGUCCUUUCAAACUCAAGAGGAAAAGAUCCCCAAAACACAGGCCAAAGAGACAGACUAUGGAAGAGCAUAGAUUUAGGAGGACUAGAAGAUGGUGUGAAACUCGCGUGUAAAUCUGUGACAGGUUUUAGUGCAUUAUUCACACUCUCAAGUGAGAGUGAAGGACUGAUUCUUCUUCUGUGGGAUUUGGAGACCCAAGAUGUGAUGCGUUUUUGUGUGGGCAAAAAUUCAUUUUUUGUAGAAUGUAACAGAGAGGAGCAGUUAUGUCCCAUCCUUUCAGAGCCCGGCCUCUCCUUGAUUCUGUUUGGCUUGACUCAAGAGGAAUUCUUGAAUAGACUGAUCAUCCAUGGAAGUGCUGGCACUGUAGAUUCUCUUUGCCAGCUCAAUGGAUGGGGAAGAUGCUCUAUUCCCAUACAUGCCUUGGAGGCUGGCUUAGAGAACCGUCAGUUGGACACAGUGGAUUUCUUUUUAAAGAACAAAGAGAAUAUUUUCAGUCCCUCCGCAACUUGUUCCUUACAAGAUCAGCCUGCAAGCACUAUGUCAGAUUUUUACUUGAAGAGCAUGGAAGAGCUUACACCAGCCUUAGAUUUGCUUUGCAUGGCAAUCCGAGAAAAUGAUUUGGAAGCACAGAGCAAGCAUUUCUCUGAGCAGCUGCUGAACCUCACCCUGUCUUUCCUUAACAAACAGCUCCGUGAAAUUUGUAUCCACAGAGAAGAACUGGAUGAAAAUCUGGACAGAUGUGUUGAUAUUUUAACCAGCUACAUCAAUAAACUUAGGAUGUUUAUGAUAAAGUUCCCUCACAAGCCUUCCAGUGCCAUCAGCUUCACGUGCGAUCUUGAAGAAGACGUGCCCUGCGUAGAACAAAGACAGAAGUGGGAAAAGUUCAAUACAGAGCAAACGGUUGCUGAAGCCAUAUUAAACAACAAGCUCCCGGAGGCUCAGACCUUCUUCCGGAUGACAGGGAAUCCUGCCCAGAAUCUCAAGGUACUGACCCAGAUAGGACUGGAUCUGGUGUACAAAAGCCUUCUGAAGGAUGAUGUCAAAGAAGCCUCCAAACUCUUAAGAAACAUGGGCUUUAAUGUGAUGGAGCAGCUGCGCAAAAUAUGUUUCUAUGUAACUGAUCACCAUGUUCGUGACUUCUUGGUGAACAUACUCAAAGAGGAAAACUACUUUUCUGAAGCUGAGAAGGAAAUGAUAGACUUUGUGCAUAAGGUGGAAAAUGUCUAUGCAAGAACUUUCCAAGAGAAGGAAAAGGCUACAACCCAGCCCAGUUCCUGGAGAAAAGAACAAGAUCUGUCUAUCCACAUUCCUGUUCUGGAUUCAUUCCUGCAAUGCAAAGAAGAUGGAGUUAAUAUUGUAGAGUACAGCAUUAUGUUAAACUGGGCUCAAUGGUGGGAUCAGGUUAUCCGAGAGAUGAUUCUUCUUCCUAUGCAGUCUCCCGAAGAACGCAAAUCAUGUGAUCCAGAGGUUCUUUGGAUGCACCUGUCAUCUUGGCAUGACUAUUCCAGUAUGAGCUCAUGGAUUGCAGCAUCUCAGCAACAGGACAGUAGCACAAACUGGCCACGGCUGACAACAGAGACCAUUGAGCGCAGAACAUUGUGUAGCCAUUACAUGCAAAAUGAAAUAUUGGACAAUUUAGCCAGCAAUGGAAUAUUUGUGCCAGUGGAACUAGAAGACUUUGAAUGCCUUCUCCAAAGAUUGACUCUUGUUGGAGGAGUGAUGCAGAAUCCUCAUCCUGUUCCAGAAUAUAUGUCCACCAGUGGCUUAGAUUUCCAUGCCUGCUUUAUCAUGUACUGUUUAGAACAUGGGCUGGACCAUCUUCUCUACACCUAUCUCGACUACUAUAGUUUAUUUCCUUCAAAUUGCCCUCUUUUGGAUGACAAAGCACUCCACGAAGCUCAUCCGUGGUUUGAGUUUUUAGUGCGGUGUCGAGCCAUUGCCAGCAAUCCUGGAGAUGCAAAUAUGAUUUUCCAAGCUAGCCUGGCAAAUGCCCAGAUCUUGAUUCCCAGCAACCAGGCCAGUGUGAGCACAAUGCUGUUGGAAGGCCGAACGCUCCUUGCUCUUGCCACCACAAUGUACACCCCUGGAGGUAUUGACCAGGUCCUUCAGAAUGGAGAUGGAGGAGAGAAAGUAGAUGCCCAGCUCUUCAGGAUGGCCCUUGCUCCUUAUCCCAAGCUGAGAGCAGCCCUCUUCCCCCAGUAUACCUGUCAUGGGACCUUGCCUUCCGACAUUUCUCUCUACCACCUUGUCCAGUCGUUAGUUCCAUUUGAUCCCACAAAAUUGUUUGGCUGGCAGUCAGCAAAUACGCUUGUCAUACCUGAUACCUGUAGUGACCUUCCUCACUUCUCAAGUGCCCCUUUUGUCAACAAAUAUGCUGUAGUCGAACGUCUGGAUUUCUCCUACUUCUUGCGUCAUGAACGCCCCUCAUUUGCUUUUGGGACUUUUUUAGUCCAACAGCUGGUGAAGAGCAAAACUCCUAAGCAGCUGAUCCAGCAAGCAGGCAAUGAUGCUUAUUCCUUGGCCCUCUCCUUCUUUUAUGUGCCUUCUGUGGCUUCUGCCUGCGCCUGCUUCUUGGAGCUGCUGGGCCUUGAUAGCCUCAAACUCCGGGUGGAUGUUAAAGCUGCCAACGUGAUCCUGAGCUUCAUGUCUCGAAGAGAGGAGCCUCAGCAUAACUCGAUCAGGCAGUCCUUGGUUGAAAAGCUGACUCAGCUGGCGGAGGGAGAAAAAACAGCAGCAGAAGAACUCCUUGUCUGCUUGGAGGAAGCUGUGUGGGAUAAGAUGGAGCACCAGGAGAUAAGCAAGACAUCCAGCGAGGCAAGGAAGCAAUGGUCUCUGGUGGCCCAGUUUUGCAGGCUGCAUGGCCUCAAGCUGAGCAUGUCAUAUCUGAAGGUGUGUGCGAGAUCCAGCGAAUGGCUGCAGUUCCUCAUUGAAGCCCAGAGGUACAACUACCAACCCUCUGAGGUUGUCCCCAUCCUCCGGGAGUUUCCCCCUCCUCUGCAGGACCACUUGAGGCUGGCCUUGGAGGAUUUGCAGUCCUCAGUUACUCCAUUGGAGGACGGUCAGGGUGGCAACUCCCACUGGCUGAGGCAUAAGCAAAAGCCAGGCACCCACACCAGUGAUCUUGUCCGCAUUCUCCUUUGGUGUCAGGAGCAGCCGCGUCCCUGGCAUUGCCUUCUGAGUGAAGCUGUGAAACACCAGGCUCCCAUCCUGAGCGUGCUUGCUGCAUGCUUCCAGGACACCAGUAUUAUCCAUUGCCUCUGUGUUUGGCUCAUAACUUCCUUGGAUAGCUCCACCACUGCCCAAGUGACAGACUAUUUGGAAGACUCGGCUGAAACCCAUGAAUGGGAUCUUCAGGACUUGGCCACCCUCUGGCAGACACUUCUCCAGAGGCAGAAAAUCCAAACUCUUCUUCGUGGCUUUCAGUUCUUUCUGAAGGACUCCCCUUUGCUGAUGAUCCUGGAGCUGUAUGAGUUGUGCAUGGACUACAGAAACUACAGCGAAGCGCAGAGCAGACUCCUUGCAUUCCAAGCCAGUAUUUCAAGACUGCAAGCCCUACUCGAAGGUCCACCUCUCCUCUUACCUGUACCCUGGCUGGUGUCGCAGGCUUCAUUUCUUCUUGAGCUGAUGCUCCAGCAGUGCAGGACUCAGUACGAGCUAGGAAAGGUCCUUCAGCUUUUUGCAGAUACGGACACCGUUCUUCCUAAUGGGCCCGAUAUGAAGAAGCUGAGUGCCCUCAGCUUCACCUUGAAGGACUCUCCUGUCUCCAUUGAUUGUGCCAUUCUGAGCAGUUACACCCCAGAGAAUUUCCAGAAGGAGUGCAGAAGAAUUCUGGAGGAGCUGCAGGACCAAAGCUCUUUCCUAAUAGCACGGAAGGUGGCAGAGCUGGCAGAGCUGCCUGUGGACAAUGUGGUAAUUCAAGAGGUCCUCCAGAAUAUUCACCUCUUGCAACAAAUUGGACACUGGCCUCAGAAGCGGACAAGGCUCGAGUUCUGGGAAAAGUGCCACGAAAACUAUGUGAGAAAUGCCAUCUCAACCCAAGUGGCCUCCAAUUUCUUCUUAGCUCAGGCAGACCUUCUGUCGGAGUCCUUGGAUGAGGGGAGAACAACUGGCAUCUUGGAGAGGCAACUUCUUCUGACCUUGGCUGGCCACUGGUUAGCCAAAAGCGAUCCAGUUCCGCUUCAGGAGCUGGAAGGGAUCGAGAAAGAAAUCUGGCUUUGCCGCAUUGCUCAGCAGACUUUGAACCAGGGCCCUGAGAAGGCCAAGCACAGAUUUUCACACCAGAUUUCUAUGAGCGGUGAAGUGUCCUUUGAUUCCUUAGCCAAGGAGUUUUCAUUUUCCAAGUUGGCUGCCUUGAACGUGCCCAAGUACUUGCAGCUGGAGGGUUUGCCCUCGCACAAUGCAUCCUUGCAAGCUACACUUUCUGCGGCUGAUGUGGAAUCGCUGAGCUUUCUGGUUGGGCGCCUGCUGGACGAGGGGAGCAUCCAUGAGGCCGGCCGGGUUUGCCGGUACUUUAACUUCUACAGUCGAGAUGUCUUGCUAGUCUUGCACUGCAGAGCGCUGGCCUCUGGAGAAGCCCUUCCGAGUGAGUUUCACCCAGAGGUUCAUGCCAUCCUUGCAGCGAGAGACAGAGAGGAGGCGAAGGACAAGAAUCAUGGAGGGGGAGAGGACUCUUCAAAGAAACAAUCUCUGAGCACCUCAAGCCUUGAGUCCUCGUCCUUUGUGGGAGGUCCAGGCCCAGAGAGCGAGGUGGUGGGCAGCCUGCAGGCCCUGCUGGCGGAAUGUGUCCACGGGCGGAACUACUGCCGGCAGGUCCUCUGCCUGUUUGAGCUGUCCAAGGAACUGGGCUGCCCCUUCAGUGAGAUCUCUGCCCACGAUUCCGAGAAGGUGCUUCGGGUGAUCCUGUCUUCUCAGCAGCCGGACAGGUGCAAAAAAGCCCAGGCCUUUGUCACUACCCAGGGAAUGGAGCUGGAAACCGUGGCGGAGAUUGUGGCCGAGGAAGUCACCCGAGAGCUGCUAGCCCCUUUGCAAGGGAAAGGCAAACAAAAGCAAAUUCUGAACCCAGCAGAGGAGAGCCAGACAUUCCUGCAGCUGGCUAAACUGUGCCAGGACCACACGUUGGUUGGCAUGAAGCUACUGGACAAGAUCUCAUCUGUGCCGCACGGGGAACUUGCCUGCACUAUAGAGCUGCUGAUCUUGGCCCACAACUGCUUCAGCUUGACCUGUCACAUGGAAGGGAUCACGCGGGUUCUGCAAGCUGCCCGGCUGCUCACAGAGGAGCAUUUGGCACCCAACGAAGAAUAUGGCCUUGUGGUUCGGCUUCUCACUGGCAUCGGCAGAUACAACGAAAUGACCUACAUCUUUGACCUGCUGCACGAGAAGCAUUACUUUGAGGUGCUCAUGAGGAAAAAGCUGGAUCCGAGUGGGACCCUCAAGACAGCUCUGCUGGACUACAUCAAGCGCUAUCGCCCGGGGGACAGCGAGAAGCACAACAUGAUUGCCCUCUGCUUCAGCAUGUGCCGAGAGAUUGGGGAGAACCACGAGGCCGCAGCCAACACCCAGCUGAAGCUCAUUGAAUCCCAGCUGUGGGAGGAGUGCCUGCAGGAUGUGCCCACUCUGAAGAAGCUCCUGAUGAAAGCCCUGACCCUCUACAUAGAUGCUGCAGAAAGCUAUUCCAAGGACUUCUGUGUGCGCCAGUCCUUGCGCUGCAACAGGCUGACAAAGCUGAUCACCCUGCAACUCCACUUCCUGAACAGCAGCCACAGAACCAAGCUGAUCAAUCUGAGCAGGAAGAGCCUGCUGGAGUGUAUCAUGUCCCUGCCCAGGUUCUACCAGGCUGCCAUUGUGGCUGAGGCCUACGACUUCAUCCCAGACUGGGCUGAGGUCCUGUAUCAGCAUGUGAUUCUGAAGGGAGACUUCAGCUACCUGGAGGAGUACAAGCAGCGUGGCCUGCUCAAGACCAGCACCUUUGAGGAAAUAGCCCGGAAGUUCAAGCAGCACACAGGCAAUGAGCCUGCUCUGAAAAACCUGAAGCGGUUGCUGACCUACUGUGAUGACAUCUACGUGUAUUACAAGCUGGCUUAUGACAACCAGUUCUAUGACGUAGUCAACACGCUUCUAAAAGAUGCUCAGACAGGCUGUUGUCUGAAGGACCUGCUGGCCAACUAGACAAUGCUUGGAAGAAAGAAGAGCCAGAGCCGUUGCUGGUGUUGUAGGAAACUCCGGUCAGUACAGGCAGGGGUUUGUGCAGAAGUGGUUAGAUUUGUUUCAGUAUCUGAAACGUGCAACAAAGCAGACAACAACAUUAAUUAAUUGCAUGAAAUGGUGAGGAAUAAUUAACCUCAGGGUUGGUUUCGAGUAAAUUUGACAGUUGAAGUUAGAACUUUUUAUUAGGAGAGCUUUUCUCUCUGGAAAUCCUUGUGUUGAAUAUAGAGGUUACUUAAAAACUAAGCUGGCUCUUGAAACUGUAGCUGUUUCUGGGUUACAAAAUGUUGAGGGCGGGCUUUCUCUUCAGUAACCUCUCCCCCUUGCAUAUUGCUGGAUGAUAUUAUUGGAGAACCAUUUGCUGUAUAAAAAUAAUUUUUGUGCAGAUUUAAUAUUGAACAUAUGGUAUAAACUUUGCCAUACCUAGUUUUCCCUGGUUGUGUAUAAUUUAACGUUCUCAAAGGUAGGUGGAGUGUCAUAGAAACUUGCAGGCACUAUCUGAGAGUGCGGAGCUCCUCUAACCCUUACGACUCCAGUGCAAGAGCUGCUCUUGCUCAUUUCUGUAAAGCUGUUCCUUAGUAACAGUCGGGCACUGGUGUUGGCUAUCUUUUAGAACAAAAGAGCAUCAACAACAGUGGCAUUGUGUGAUGGUCUUGGUGCAGUAUUUAAAUUACAGUGGUAUCUCGACAACUGAACGACUUGACUUCUGAAGUAGACAACCCCAGAAGUCUUUUUGCCGCGCGCGCCAUGCGCAGAAGUGUGGAAUUGUGCUUCGCGCAUGCGCAGAACGGGUGCUUACGAAGACGGCUGCGGAACGGAUUGUCUUACGGAUUGUAAGUCAAGGUACCACUCUAUAAAGUGCAUUUUUGUCGGUAGGAAGGUAGUUAAAUGAGGGAGGAGUGUUUAUAGAAAUGGUCUUCCAUGUUUUGCUGUGUGUUUCUAAAGUCACCAAUAUAGCUUUGAGCUAUGGCAGUGUUUAC